GUCAAAGCUAGUGCAACUGCGAAGGCUACAGUGGCUGCAUUCGCCGCAAGCGAAGGUCACGCCCAUCCGCGUGUAGUGGAACUUCCCAAAACGGAUGAAGGACUCGGAUUUAAUGUGAUGGGUGGAAAAGAACAGAAUUCCCCCAUUUACAUUAGCCGAAUUAUUCCCGGGGGUGUGGCUGAUCGACAUGGGGGUCUCAAGCGGGGUGAUCAGCUUUUGUCUGUUAAUGGAAUCUCAGUGGAAAGUGAACAUCAUGAACGUGCUGUGGAACUCCUUAAAUUAGCUCAAGGUACCGUCAAGCUGGUAGUUCGUUACACACCACGCAUCUUGGAAGAAAUGGAGGCUCGCUUCGACAAACAAAAAGCACGUCGGCGGCAAAUGAAUUGA